UUGAGCUCCGCCUCUCCAUGUUUCGUAGCGAGCUCGCUCACCUUACUUCACAACAACAAUCAAUUGCCAGCAGGACAAGAACCGACACACAAUGGCGACUCCACGCAUUCUUGUUUUGCAGUCGCUAGCUGCCUCCUCCAUUUGGGGUGCCCAUGCGUCAUCUGCCCAAAAGCCGCUCCUUCACGACGCUGAGCCAGUUGCCGUGACAUCAGCCAAGAAGCCCCUGGUCGACAGCGAUGCCCUGCAGGCGAGCAUUUCCAUCGACCGGCUCCUCAAGGGCGCCCAGGACCUCUACGCAAUUGCGAACCUGAGCUUUGUCGAGUACAAUCGCCCGACACGCGUGAUUGGAAGCAAAGGCCACCUGGGAACCCUCAAGUAUAUCCGUGAUGCCAUUUCAGACCUGGGAGACUAUUACACCAUUGUGGAACAGCCCUUCCCUGCAUAUGUUGGCUGGGUUCAAGAAUCCCGCCUGGUCGUUGGCGACGAGGUCUUCCAGGACGCCAAGCCCAUGAGCCUCACGCCUCCCACCAAGGAUAGGGAACCCGUCCAUGGAAACAUCGUUCUCGUCGAGAACAACGGAUGUUCUCACGAGGACUACCCAUCAAGCGUUCGAGGAAAUAUCGCCUUGAUUCGCCGUGGAGCCUGCGCCUUUGGGGACAAGUCUUCCUUGGCAGGAAAAGCAGGUGCUGCCGCCGCCAUUGUGUACAACCACGAAAAGGGCGACAUCUCGGGAACCCUGGGAUCCCCGAAUGACGACCACGUCGCCACGUUUGGCAUCAGCCUCGAUGAGGCGAAGCCCUUGAUCGAAAAGCUGGAGAGCGGAGACGAGGUUGAUGCCAUUGCAUACAUUCGCUCCUGGGUCAACACUGCCAUAACCAACAAUCUCGUCGCCCAGACCACCCAAGGCGACCCGGACAAUUGCGUCGCCUUGGGUGCCCACUCCGACAGCGUUGAAGCGGGCCCAGGUAUCAAUGACGACGGAUCCGGCACCUUGUCUCUGAUCGAGGUCGCCAGGCAGCUCACCAAGUUCAAAGUUAACAACUGCGUCCGCUUCGCUUGGUGGUCUGCCGAGGAGGAGGGUCUUGUUGGCUCCAGCUACUACGCGUCAAGCCUGUCUCCCGAGGAGAACCUCAAGGUCCGCCUAUUCAUGGACUACGACAUGCUUGCGAGCCCCAACUUUGCCUAUCAAGUCUACAAUGCGACAAAUGACGUGCACCCGACUGGGUCCGAAGAGCUCCGCGACUUGUAUAUCGACUGGUACCAAUCGCAUGGCCUCAACUACACUCUCAUUCCAUUUGAUGGCCGCAGCGACUAUGAUGGCUUCAUUCGGGCGGGAAUCCCCGCGGGAGGGAUCGCCACUGGCGCCGAAGGCAUCAAGUCCAAGAAGGAGCGCAAGAUGUUUGGCGGAAAGGACGGCGAUGCCUACGACGAAUGCUACCACCAGCUUUGCGACGAUACGCGAAACGUCAAUGCCACUGCCUGGGAGCUGAACACGAAGCUGGUCGCCCACAGUGUCGCGACCUACACCGCCUCAUUUGACAAAUUUCCGAAGCGUAAUCUGGAUACCUGGACAAGGGCGAGCCGGGAGGGCGGUUCUUAUGCCGAAACCACAAAAUGGAAAGGCAGUCAGCUAUUUAUCUGAGACGUGUCCUGUCCUUGUUAGAAAUUAACGUCGGCUUCUUUUCCCUUUAUAAUUACCUGGUAGUCUUUAGCACAAAGGAACUUGGACGAGUGUUGAACGCUCCAACUCUUCCCCAAAGAAGUCUUCUUACUGAGGAGAAAAUGCCUUAUCCGGACAUAGCAGCUAUCAUCAGUCUCUUUGGACACUAACCCGGACGGAUGACCCAACCAAGCGUGCAGUGAAUGACCGGUUAGCUUGACUCUUUGCCAUCCUUGGAGUCGGGUAUUAUUACCGUAUCAGGCACUCGGAGGAUAUAUCAGCUCGAGAUUAGAUGCUCUGCAUGACGCCUACGGCUAUGAACCCUCGCCGUCAGCAUUUCCGCAAGCGGCUGCCGCGUUCCAUGAAAAGGCAAAAUCAAAUGUCGACAGGUUGAUCCACGAGUGCCAGGCGCUGCUCGCGGCCCCGGUUCGUCGGGCUCUUCCAUCUCCUCUGCGAGCACUGGCCCCCUCGUGACCGGCCAGAAGCCAGACGUGCUGCGCCUGCGUAGGAUUAGGCGAGGGUUGCAAUAUACAAAAUUUACAUGCGCGUUGAAUCUGGUAGCGUUGGAACAUGGGUGUUUGGGUGCAAAAGUCUUUCUGGUUUGAUGUUUUUUUUUCUUUAAAGAGAUUUGUGCGCAGUAACCGACACUCGCCUUUUCAUUACUUGAUCUUCCUUAAUUUAGGCGUGGCUGUCUUCUGUUAGUACUAGACUAGAACUAGUUUUGUUAGGGGUUGGAAUAUGUGCACUAGCUCAGCAAGUCGUCUAGAAGCAAAUAUGGCGCCUCUUGCAUUCCCGCUGGAAGGCUAACAAGAAUACCGUUGGACAGCAAUUGAAACAGCAACUAAACGAGAGGAAAAAAGAACUUGAUUCCGGAGUAGGAUAUAGCCUGUUCAUGCUGAG